AUGCCUCUGAUUCGACUAUCCGCCCGGACAGCAGCCCGCACGGUGACCCUGCGUACGCCUACGCGGACACUGAGCACAUCAUCGCCGCUGUGUGCUGCCCCUUUGAGAAAGCAACACCGUGCCUGGUCGAAGCCGGGCGCCUCCACACGGCAACCCCUUGGUAGAACACCAGCCGGCCGUGUUUCUGGAAUUCCUAGAAAGAGCAAUCCCGAACCGACUCCAGCUCAGCCAAACCAGCCGCCAGAGCAACCCGAGAAUGUACCAUCAAGGGUCGAGGCGGUAUCGGCUGCUCUCCGCGAGAGUGCUGCAGCUUCAGAGGGCAACCUACAAGCACCUGUGAACAUUCCCGAUGAUCCUCACAGCGUUCUGAAGCCCGAUCACCCGGCCAUGUCGAUAUUAGCCAACUCUACCAUUGUCGUCCAAAGACAGUUGGAAAUGAUGAACGUUCUCUUGGGCUUCGAGCAAGCUAACAGAUACGUCAUCAUGGAUGGCCAAGGCAACCAUAUUGGAUAUUUGGCUGAGCAAGAGAACGGGUUGGGAAGUUCAAUGGCAAGGCAAAUGUUCAAGACGCACAGAAGCUUCACAACACACGUAUUUGACAAACAUGAGCGGGAAGUCCUAAGAUUCCACCGACCUUUCAGUUAUAUCAACUCGAAAAUCCGCAUCUACGACUGCAUAAACGGCACUGACCAGGAAUAUGCCUCGUCUGACGCCCUAAAUGGCACAAGUGUCACGUCAAUCGAUUCUCAGACUUCCUCACAAAUAUCUCAACUCCCCCUCUCCGCCAUGCGUGUCAUCGGCGAAGCCCAACAACAAUGGGCGCCCCUCCGCCGCAAAUACAAUCUCUUCCUCGCCCGCGACCCUUCCACUCUCCACCCUCUCGACUCGAACACUCCGCAAAUCACUUCUGGGGACCUCCCCUUAUCCUCAUCCACAGCUCUUCAACCAGUCUCGCCGUCUCCCGGCUCCGCCACCGCCCCAGACCACCAAUCCUUUCUCCAAUUCGCCUACGUCAACGAGCCCUGGCUCUCCUGGGACUUCACCCUGCGGUCAGACAGCGACCAGCUCCUCGGCAGCGUGAACCGCAACUUUGGCGGCUUGGCGCGCGAAGUCUUCACCGACACGGGUGUCUAUGCGCUGCGCAUGGAUGCCGCCGCGCUGGCACAUCAAGAACCCCAGAAUCUGAUUUCGGACACCACCACCACCACCACCACCACCACCACGGCUCAGCAACAGCAGAACCAAGGUGAUGCAGAGAAGGGGAUGACGGAGCAGCAGCAGCAGCAGCCCGGAAUGACGCUCGACCAGCGCGCCGUCAUGCUCGCCACCGCCGUCUCCAUCGACUUCGACUACUUCUCGCGGCACUCGGGCGCCGGCGGCGGCUUCUUCGGCAUGCCCAUCCCCAUCUGGUUCCCCGGCGGAGGAGGAGGCGCUGCCGCAGAGGGCGCUGCCGCAGAGGGCGCUGCCGCUGGCGGCGCUGCCGAGGGUGCCGUCACGACGACUACGGCGGCGGGAGAAGAAGGGGUGGGUGCGGCGGCUGCGGGCGCGGGCACCAUGGUGGGGUACGAGGCGAUGCAGCGGAGCAGAGCGGGCGCCGCGGACGACGCCAGCCCGGUCGCUGGCAAUAAUGAGCCGUGGGCGGGUGGAGCGCAGCCGCCCGGGCAUGGUGGCGGCGGUGGUGGCGGUCAGCAGCAGGGUGGCGAGGUCUGGGGGGAGCAGGACCCGUGGAGUGGUUGGGGCAAGGGGGAUGGUGGUGGACCACCGACGAGUGGGGGGAGUAGCGGCGGCGGCGGCGGUGAUGGUGGAGGCGAUGGGUUCGAUUGGACUGACUUGUUUUGA